AACACUAGCUCACAAUAUGCCAGACAUUUCAAUUUCUAGGGAGGCGCUGAGGCUGAGUCAUACUCGGUCAGGAUCAGAAGGGAUAGAGUAUGGGCCUCUUACUCGCCAAUGUGUGUCCUGUUCUUUUAACAGAUUGUCCCAAUGGCCAUCCGUGUGCUGUAGGAGAGUGCGGCAGGCCAAUGGAGGAGAGCAUCUGUCCGGACUGUCGUAUUAAGAUUGGAGGUGUCAAUCACAGGCCACAGCAAGGCUUCCAUCUCAUCAGAGAAAAUGAGGACAGAACACAGACUGGCCAUGUGCUGGGCGGUCCGCAGCCCGGGGGUGCAGCUGUGGCAGCUGAUCGAGGGCUGUCCCCAGUGGUCUUCAUUCUUACUCGGCUGCUCACUCAUUUGGCUAUGCUUGUGGGGGCCACUCAGAAUCCCCAGGCCCUGAUCAGGAUCAUUAAGCCUCAGGUUCUGGACUCACAAGCCUUCCUGCAGCAGCACAUCCAGAGAAACCUGGAACAGCUAACCAAGAUGCUGGGCAGGAGUGCAGACGAGACCAUCCACGUGGUACACCUCACCCUGUGCAGUUUGCUCAAGGAGCAGCAUCCUGUGUUUGGCCAGAGGAAGUUAAAUUUUAGUGCAGAAUUGUCAACCAAAGGUUGCAGAAACAACUGGGAGAAGCAUUUUGAAGCUCUUCUUCUACCUGAAUUGGAGCAUCUUGACAAAACCUUGGCAGCUGUAAAUGCUCUUAUCAGCCAAGAUGAGCGCAUCAGCUCCAACCCUGUGACUAAAAUCAUAUAUGGGGACCCAGCAACCUUCCUGCCUCACUUGCCCCAAGAAAGUGUGGUUCAUUGCUCAAGGAUUUGGAGCUGCAGGAAGAAGAUCACAGUGGAGUACCUGCAGCAUAUUGUGGAACAGAAAAAUGGCAAAGAAACCGUGCCUGUUCUCUGGCACUUCCUCCAGAAGGUAAGGUGCAUGUGACUCCUGGGGGACCUUGCGUUUCCUGUGCAGAGGAUUCCCAGGAACCAGGAAGCCCUGAACCUUUGCUCAGAACAGUGGUUCCUAGGCCAGAGCUCUGAGCAGCUGCCAGUGCUGUGGCUCUAAUGGAAAGUUGGUAGCGGACUCAGGAGAAAGGGAGGUCUUCAGCCCUUGCCUACAGUCUCAGGCAGUCUGAAGCUUAGUCACAUGUAAAACACAUGUGAGUUGGUCAGUGGUCAUCUGAAGAGAACUUGAGGGCCAGGAGGCUACCUGGCCACUCAGCAACAACAACAAAGGUACAGGUCUCGAGCCAUGUCUCUUCCUCUUGACUUGGAGUGGAAGGCUAUCUGCAGUGCGUGCUGACUGCAAAUAUUAUAAAAAAUAUAAAGACUUCCUCCCAACCUUUGAACCUUCUAGGCAUAGACUGAAGUUGGGAAUGUGAGCUGGAAGCAGGUUGGAGAGCUAUGAGAUGCAGCAAUCCUGUCUAAGACCCAGAAACACACACAGUUCC